AUGGCGUCGCGACUGGUGCUGGUCCUUGGUGACCUCUUCAUACCGGACCGCGCUGCAGAUAUUCCCGCAAAGUUCAAGAAGCUCCUUGCGCCUGGCAAGAUUGGGCAAAUUCUCUGUCUCGGCAACAUCACAGAUCGCGAAACGUACGAGUUCCUGCGCGGCAUCGCGCCGGACCUGCAGAUCGUCAAGGGCGAUUUCGACGUCGAAGCGCCAAACCUCGCCCUCUCCAAAGUCGUCACCCACGGCUCGCUACGCAUAGGCUUCACACAUGGCCACACCAUCAUACCGCCGGGCGAUGGUGACAGCUUACUCAUCGCGGCACGACAGAUGGACGUAGACAUCUUGCUAUGGGGCGGCACACACAAAUUCGAGGCGUACGAGAUGGAGGGCAAGUUCUUCGUAAAUCCGGGGAGCGCGACAGGCGCCAUGACAACGGGCUGGUGGUCAGAGGACGAGGAACCCACACCGAGCUUUGUGCUCAUGGACGUGCAAGGUGACGUUCUUGUGUUGUACGUUUACCAGCUACGCAAGGAUGCGGAGGGCAAUGAGAAUGUUGCGGUCGAGAAGGUCUCUUUCCGGAAGAAUGGCGGGGGCGCAGCAUAG